AUGUCUACCGGAGAGAAGCUCACGAAAACCACUUCUCAUACAGAAGGCUACGACCUGACGGCUGUCGAGGAGACCGAGCCCCCAAUCUCGACAACUUCAGCUGGAGAGGCUCCAGAUGGUGGCUUCUACGCUUGGCUGGCCGUCUCAGGCACUUGUCUGGUAUUCUUCAACACCUGGGGAUUGGUCCAGACAUUUGGUGCAUACCAAAGUUACUACACAACGGAUUUGUUGUCAUCCUAUAAUGCCUCUGCGAUUUCAUGGAUCGGAACCAUCCAAGCCUUCCUCUUGGUCUUUGGGGGCGUGAUCACUGGGCCGUUCUUCGACCAGGGCUAUUUCCGCGUCCUAGUAAUGAUCGGCUCGUUCAUGAUCGUACUCGGGAUGAUGAUGCUCAGCCUUGCCCGCACCUACUGGCAGAUCCUCCUCGCGCAGAGCAUCUGUGUUGGUGCAGGCAGUGGGAUGCUGUUCACGCCUUCUCUGGCGCAGGUAACGGUCCUCUUCAGCCGCCGACGACCCAUUGCGCUUGGGCUGUCAAUGAUGGGAACGGGACUGGGUGGAAUCGUCUACCCCAUCGUGUUUCGACAACUGGAGCCGAAAGUCGGCUUCGGAUGGGCAACACGAGUUAUUGCUUUUAUAUCAUUUGGCACACUGUCUGUCGCAGUCGUCGUGCUGUGCUGGCAAAAACCUGCGAAGAAGCCACCCCGGUCACUGUUCGACUGGACGGCGUGGAAGGAGCCCCCAUUCGUCACAUACACACUCUCCACGUUCCUUACAUUCACCGGAUACUGGGUUCCGUGGUUCUUCAUCCCCCUGUACGGACAAUUCGCCGUCGGGGCCACAGCAACCUUCUCCGCCUACCUCCUCUCCAUCACCAACGCCACCGGUAUCGUGGGCCGUCUCACAACCCCACUCCUCCAGCGCAGUCUCACACCCCUCCAGACCAUCCUCUUCGCGCACAUCCUAGUUGUCAUCCUCAUCUGGGCGUGGUUGGGCAUCGGCAGCAGCUUCGGUGGCUUCGUCACCUUCUGCGUCCUCUGGGGUCUCUUUAGCGGUCCGCUCGCUGUUCUGCCGGCAGCUGCGGUGGCGGAGCUCAGUCCGAGUUUGAAUGUGGUGGGGACACGGAUGGGGAUGGUGUGGGCUGUGUCGUCGGUGGGAAAUCUAGUUGGACCUCCGAUUGCUGGCGCCGUGUCGAAUCCGUCAGAGGAUGACUUUUUGGGAGGGCAGAUCUAUGCUGGCGUUACGAUGGCGGGGGCGAUUGCUUUGCUUGCGGUGACGGUGGUGCUCUUGAAGCGGAAGAAGAAGGGUGAGGGAAAGGUAGAAGGUUGA